AAAAAAUCGUAAAAAAUUUUGAAAAAUAUAAACAUCAUCAUUCAUGUAUCAUAUACUCAUAAUAAAUCCAAAAGCACAUUAAACAUAAUUAAAAUAAAACAUAAGGGGUUUAAGUAAUAUAUGUUUAUAAACUUCAGGGGUCUGAAUAUAAAUUAUUAGUUAGGGAUCUAAGUGAUUAAGUGAAAAAUUUUAGGGGAUGUAAAUGUAAUUAUCCCAAAUACAAUUGAGUCACUGACAAGUGACAACACAGAGUCUUUAAAAGCCUCUGUUUGAACUUGGGUCCUUCAGAGACGCUGUGUAUCGAUCGAUCGAUCGAUCGAGAGAAAAAUCUGAGAGUGGAGUUGAAGAACCCACCGGCGAUCACUGGAAGACAGUUAGGCCUGGAGCUGUUGUCUCUACUACUACGAAGAAGUCAUCGUUCGAUCAUCAUCUGCUACUCGAGUAGUCAUCAUUCGAUCAUCAUUUGCUACUACGAAGUAGAUAGAGUAGUCUCUGCUAGCUGGGUCCUCUACGAAGUUGAUCGAUGAUGUUGGUCCUCUGCUACUGUGAAGAAGAAGAAAAAGAAGAACAAAUAGUAGGAAAGGCUCUCAGAUUAAGGAGAUUUACCACAAUUUUUCAGAUGAACCGAUUGGCUAGUAUUCCAGAUAAUGAAAUUGAAAAUCCCAGGAAGAAAAAACGAGAGACUCAAUCUGGUGAAAAACCUCAAUUGAAGCACCAACCUGUGUUGAACCCUAUGACCACUGAGUUCGAAGAUGAAUUCUGGCCACUUUCAGGGAAACCAUACUUUGAUGUGGUUCUUACAAAAGCACAUGUCAAGCCGGCAUUUAAUAUGGCCGUGCCAGUGAAAUUAUACCAACUGCUUCCUUCUGCUGCGGUGCCUGCCGUUAUCACAUAUUGUGGCCAGAACUGGCGGACUGUUUACCAUGGAGACCGUAGCCAAAAAAGGUUUGAUAUCAGUUGGAAAGCAUUUGUGAUUGACAAUGAUCUAAAGAUGGGGGAUGCACUCGUAUUUGAACUUAUCGAGUGCAGUCGUGUGAAACUCAAGUUCCGAGUUCAAAUUCUCAGAGGUGACUUUCCAGCUGAAUUGAUGGCUGGGGUACAUGGUGAGACCUCAGACAAUCCGAUCUUUAUUCAAUAAAAUUCACAUUUUUUCACAUGUUAAUUUUUGUUACAAGCUUUUAUUAACGACUUGUAUUUGGAACUUGAGCCAAUCACAUCUACUGUUUGACGUACUGGGAUUGGAAUUUCUUUUGUUCAUGUUAGUGCAUUAUGCUGGUUAUGCUCUCGCUAACAAUCUAUUCCACGCAAGGUGGGUGUUGCCAGUUUCUUUUGAAUGUACAGUACUUUCAGUAGAGAAGACUCUUAUAUUUUUUGACCCUUGAGCCCCUGUUGGAGUUUUUUCCUUUUGGCUUUUUUUGGGUUGUUGUUUGUUUUGGGGUUU